UUCCCUCCCACACCACUUUACCUCUGCCCAAAUAUCCCUUAAAUAUUUUAUAAAUAGAAUAACAGCAAGUGGACCUUUCCAAAGCUCGUGGAAAACACUUUGAAGACGCAGCGGAUUCGAUUCACAGGGCUUGGAGGAGACCAUGGUAAAGACAGUGGCAAUUGUUGGAGCUGGUGUCAGUGGACUGGCCUCCAUUAAGUCCUGUCUGGAAGAGGGGCUCGAGCCCACAUGCUUUGAGAAAAGCGAUGACCUUGGGGGGCUUUGGAGGUUCACGGAACACAUUGAAGAUGGAAAGCCAAGCCUAUACAAAUCUGUGGUCAGCAAUGCCUGCAAAGAGAUGUCAGCCUUCUCAGACUUCCCUUAUCCUGAGGAUUUUCCAAACUAUCUGCCCAAUGCCAAGAUCUUUGAAUAUUUGAAGCUGUAUGCACAGCAUUUUGACCUUGUAAAGCACAUCCAGUUCAAGACGGCAGUCGUCAGCAUAAAGAAACACUUAGAUUUCUCUACCACUGGCCAAUGGAAUGUCAUCACAGAGUCUAACAGGAAGCAGGAGUCAUCUGUCUUUGAUGCUGUUAUGGUUUGCACUGGAUAUCUCUCAGAACCUUUCCUCCCACUAGAAACCUUCCCUGGAAUAAAGAGAUUCAAAGGCUCAUAUUUUCACAGCCGGUUUUACAAGCAUCCACACAUAUUUCAGGGGAAGAGAGUGCUUGUGGUUGGCAUGGGAAAUUCUGGAGUUGAUAUCGCGGUAGAGGCCAGUCACAUGGCUGAAAAGGUGAUGAUCAGCACUAGCAGAGGUGCAUGGGCCAUGAGUCGAGUUUUUGACAAUGGCUACCCCUGGGACAUGGUGUUCCUAACUCGCUUCAUGGCCUUGGUCAGAAAUUCCCUGCCAGGGCCCAUUGUGGGGUGGAUGAUUGCAAACAGGAUGAGUCAAUGGUUUGACCAUGCAAACUAUGGCCUGAUUCCUGAGGACAGAAGAGUGUUGCGGGAACCUGUACUGAAUGAUGACCUUCCAAGUCAUAUCAUCACAGGGAAGAUCACAAUAAGACCAAAAGUGCAGCAGUUUAGGGAAAACUCAGUCAUAUUCCAGAAUAGCUCUGAAGAGGAGCCCAUUGAUAUCGUUGUCUUUGCCACAGGAUACACAUUCUCUUUUCCUUUCCUGGAGGAAUCUCUCCUCAAAGUCGAAAAUCGCCAAGCAUCUCUGUACAAAUAUAUUUUUAACCCUCAUCUCAAGAAUCCCACUCUUGCUAUCAUUGGCCUUAUUAAGCCAUUUUGUGCUGUCAUGCCUGUUGUAGAAUUGCAAGGGCGCUGGGUUACACGUGUCUUUAAAGGCCUCUGUCAGUUGCCUCCAGUGAGCACCAUGAUGCAAGAGAUCAAUGAGAAGAAGCAGAACAAGAUUCACUGGUUCGGUGUCACUUUUGAUGAGGUUCUGAAAACAGAAUGCCUGGAAUAUGUUGAUUCAAUCGCUUCCUUCAUUGGUGCAAAACCCAAUGUGCUGGCCCUGUUCUUCAGGGAUCCAAAACUGGCCCUGAAAAUCUUCUUUGGUCCAUGCACCAACUAUCAUUAUCGCCUGACUGGACCAGGGAAAUGGGACGGAGCCAAGAAUGCCAUCCUGACCCAGUGGGACCGGACACUGAAGCCCACAAGAACACGAGUUAUAGAAGAUUCAUCAACCUUCUGCCCAUAUUUGCUUAAAAUAUUUGGGCUUUUUGCACUCUUUGCUGCAAUUUUUCUUGGUUUCCAGUAGUCCUGGGAUAAUGUUGAAUCCUGUAUCUAUUCCUUGGUGUAUAAAUCUUUUCUAUCAAUGCAGUUUCUCUAUAUGAGGAGGCAGGAAACACACACCUCUCAGAAAAGACCCUUAGAGUAGUAGGGCUUCUAAAGGUAAAGAUUAAAAAUCAAAGUUUAAUUAAUGUCAUGGUAAAAUGUCUCCUCCAGCUGAACUACAUGUUAAGAGGAAGGUGCACAGACUUAACUAAAAGUGUGGUGUUAAACUGUUGCAAAUACUUGUGUAGUCAGUCAGUCCUUCUUGGGAAUGAGUGUCUUUCAAGAAAAAAUGCUUUAGAUCAUGGGUGUCAAACAUAUUGCCUGUGUGCCGGAUCUGGCACAUAAAGCUGCUGUUGCCAAUCCGCUACAAUACCAGCAAGCCACUGGAAGUUGGCGGGGCAUGUUCAGGGCACAGUGACCUGCUGCAGAAUCUGGGGCCUCAGGUUCCAGCGGACUUAGCAAUCAGUGGCAGGAGGACAAGCAAGGGCUGACAGCCCUGGUUGCACUCCAACCACUUUGCCUCUCACCGCUGCUGUGGCCCUACCUCCCUGGCCACCAGUCCAUAAUGCAUGCCCCAAGCUGAAGUUGGAGCUGCCACCACAUCAUGGCGCUCACAGCAGUGGCAUCUUUGGAUCUGGCACAGAAUACAUGGCAGCGGCUGAACCUACCUACUACUGUGUGCUCCAAGCUGGAGCCAGAGUUGCCACUGCCACUGCUUCCUUAUAUCCUAUGCAGGACCUAGCCUGCAAGGAGCCCUGCAGCCCAGAUUCAUCCUGGGAAACAAUGAUGUUGAUACCCCUGCUUUAACUCCAUUAGAAACUAUGGGUUUAACACAAGAAUCUCAGAAUAGAAAUCUCUGGCUUGUGUCAAGCAAGAUGAUCAUAAUGUCCCCUUCUUCUGACCUUAAAAACUGUUCAUUGAGGCCACUAUUCUAUUGGACCUGCUUAUAUAGACAUAGCCUAAGUGAUCCUAUAUAAUAGUCUCUCUACUAAUGCUAACAUUUGUCACAUACAUAAAUGGUCAAUUUGAAUUACAAAUCACUGUGCUUUCAUAAUUUGUUGGGUGCAAGGAGAGGGGUGAAGAGAUGCCAGAGGGGCAUCUGAAUCCCGACCUGUGUGCAAGAGCCCAAAACUGCAGUUACCUGGCUAUGUAUAUGUCACUUAGGCAUGUCAAGUGAAUUAUGUUUUGCCAUUAGUUUCUCAGUACCUUGGUUCUCAAUUCAUACAACUAGAACAACAGCACUACUCUCCCUCACAUGUAAAUGAUAGAGCAGCUGUUUCAUUGGAAAUACAAAUACAGCUGAAGUAUUAGAAAUCA